AUGCUUCAACUGGACUCGGUGCCUGUGGGCAAAUCGCACUCCUACGUCAGUUCGAGCACUGCGGUAGGCGUAGUGGUGCAAUUACAGCGUCGUCUGCACAAGAAGCACUCCCCCUCAGGACAGGCUGGAGGCACAAAAUCUGCGCCGUCUGACCGCAAUGGUGCACUUGAGGACUCAAAACCUGGCGCUGGCGCUGGCGCUGCCACGAAGACCGCUCAGCGUCCGGCGUCUGCCUACACCCUGGCAGCCAGACCUUCGAUCUGUGGAAGCGGUUGGACAGACGAGUCGGCCGGAGACAACGGUCAGCAGAUCUCAAUUCAUCACAGUGGAAGCAUGUCAAAGCUGUCCAUCCAGUUGUCCUUUCAUCUAGAAGUGAGUUCUUGUCAUCACUAUACUUAA